AAAAAAAGGAAGUAGAAUAGCGGGAAUACUGGAGUUAUUAGGAGGUGUCAGACUUGUUCUCCGGUGACGCUCUGACGAAGAAGACGACGAAGCGUACGAGUGUGUUUUGCUAUAUACGCUUAGUUUUAGAGGUAGCUUGAUUUAAAAGUAGCGAAAGAGAAUUUGAGAGAGAGAGGGAGGCGACGAAGGGAUUAGAGAUGCUAGGACAUCGGAAGAAUAAAUGGACGGCGGAAGAAGAGGAGGCGCUUGUCGCCGGAAUAGCCAAGCACGGUUCUGGAAAAUGGGCGAAUAUCAUAGAAGAUCCCGAGUUUGCGCCUCAUCUUCUAGAUCGCACUAACAUUAACCUCAAGGAUAAAUGGCGAAAUAUGAAAAAUCGUGUGGGGAAUAUGGAGAAAUCAAUGGCACAUACACUCAAAUCUGCUCUUGUUGUUGUUAGCAACGAGUCUUCUCCAAGUAGUUCAUCAGAUAUGAUCAAUGAUACUAGGUACGUUCCAAUGUCUCAAAACCCGAGCAGAUCAAGAUUCGGUUUUAAUGUCGGUGAGGCCCAUUUAAAGCUCAUGAAGAAGCCUUUUAAAAGCUAA